GUUACGAAUAAUAAAAAUAGAAAGCUAAAGGUUAUAUAUAAGCUAUCUAAGAUUCUAGUGUACUUGUUCUCCGCCUAUAAUAGUGAUUACUAUAAGGUUCUUCUAGGCUUUAAGUCUCUCUAUAGCUCCUACACUAGUGAAAAUCUUAAAUAUAGUAUCUUAGAUUAUAUCCUAUUAGUGACUAUAGAUAACCUAAGUCUUAAUAAGCUUCUUAGGAAGCUUAAGGUAGUGCUAAGUAAUAAGGAGAUUAAUAUUUAUAAUAAACUUUUCUCCUAUCUUAAUAUAGCUAAGGCGAAGCUUAAGAAUAAAGUAAAGAAAAAGCUCUCUAAGUACUAUACUACCACUAAAUAUAAGCCUUAUAGUAAUAUCUACGCUCUAGUAAUAAUCUUCUCUCUAUCAAAGAAGGUCUAG